AUGGUUUCAAUUCCUUGCGAUCUCUGCCUAUUCGAUCUUGAUGGCACGUUGGUACUCAGUACCAAGGCUAUUGAGAAGGGAUGGGAAUCAGUCUUCAGUGAAUACAAUGUCAACUAUAAUAUGGAAGAAUUUCUGCAAAACAACCAUGGUGUACGAACGGGUGACUCGUUUGACCGUUGGUUACCACAGAUAGAUAACACAAAUUCGAAGGCAGGAGAUGAGUUCGAAAAGCGCAUUUCCAUCGAGUAUGCAGAUCUCGCAGAACCCGUGCCUGGCGCACCACAGCUUUUGAAUUCCAUACCCAAGGACCAUUGGUUAGUCGUUACUUCAGGAACUCCACUCUUGGCCAAUGGUUGGUUUUCCAAGGUAUUAGCAAAAUUUGGCGUCACAAAACCUGAGAUCUUCGUCACUGGUCAGUCCGUUUCAAACGGAAAGCCUCAUCCAGAGCCCUACCUCAAAGGAUUGGCUCUUUGGACUGAGAAAUACGGAAAGAAACCCGCUCAUCCCAUAGUAUUUGAAGAUGCCCCAAAUGGAAUCAAAGCAGGAACUGCUAGUGGAUGUACUGUUAUAGGGAUAGCAUCAUCAUUUGGAAAAGAAGUUUUGCAAGCUGCAGGGGCUACAUAUGUUGUUCAAGAUCUAAGCCAUGUGAAGUUUCACGACAAUACUUUAGACAUCGAUAAUUUGUAA